AUGAAACGCGCUCAACGUGAUUCUGACGACUACAGUACGACAACGACGGCUAAACGCGCGGCAAUUUGCGAUCAUCUGAUCGGCGUGAUACCGGCGAAAAAGAUGGCCGCUUCGCAGGUCGUGCUCACCAGCAGCGCGCCAGCUGCCCUACCACCACCAUCGUCGCUAUCAGCACAAUUCAUCGACAAAAAGACGGGCGGCAAUAAAGUUGGCAAAAAUGGCUCCGUGUGCAAUUUCGAGGUCGCCGCCGGCACUCAGCAACAGCCGAACUCGGUGCUUCGCGUCAUCAUUGAGAACAUGCUGUUCAGCGUUUCGCUGGAUGUUUUGCACCAGCUUUUCUCGCGAUUCGGCAAAGUGUUGCGAAUCAUCACGUUCACCAAGAACAGCACGUUUCAAGCGUUGAUUCAGAUGAGCGAGGCGAACUCGGCGCAAAUCGCCAAACAGAGCCUUGAGAAUCAGAACAUCUACAACGGGUGCUGCACAAUGCGAAUCGAUUAUAGCAAAUUGAGCACGCUCAAUGUCAAAUAUAAUAAUGAUAAGAGUCGUGAUUACACGAAUCCGAAUUUGCCGGCCGGCGACAUAACGCUCGAGCAACAAUUGGCGCUCGGCGGCAUACCGGGCUUCCAGAAUCUCGUGCCGACGUCGCCGUACAAUUUUCCGUUCGGCGCGAAUCCGGCGACGACGUUCUUGCAGCCGCAAUUGGCGGCGGCGGCGGCAGCGGCAGCGGCCGCCGCUGCCGCUGACAGCGCCAACGCCGUCGCAUUGUCGCCCUACUUGCCGACGUUGGGUCUCGGCGCCAAUGGCGGCCUAUCGACGGGCAUCGGCGGUGUGCGGUUUCCGGUGAAUUUGUUGUCGGCGGCCGCUGCUGCCGCCGCCGCCGCCGCCAACACCGCCAUCACGACGGUGAUAUUGGUGUCGAAUCUCAAUGAAGCGAAAGUCACCACUGACGCUCUCUUCACACUCUUUGGCGUCUAUGGCGACGUGUUGCGUGUGAAAAUUUUGUACAACAAGAAGGACAACGCGUUGAUCCAGUACAGCGAGCCGCAGCAGGCGCAGCUCGCGAUUCAGCAUCUCGACAAAAUGAAAUGGCACGACAAACUCAUUCGUGUGGCUCCGUCGAAGCACACGAAUGUGCAAAUGCCGAAAGAAGGUCAGCCGGACGCCGGACUCACCCGAGACUACACGCAUUCGUCGCUUCAUCGAUUCAAAAAGCCGGGAAGCAAGAAUUACAUGAACAUCUAUCCGCCGUGCUCCACACUGCAUUUGUCGAAUAUUCCGCUUAGCGUCACUGAGGAGAAGCUCACCGAGGCGUUUAAGGAAAAUGGAUAUACCAUCAAAGCGUUCAAAUUCUUUCCGAAGGACCACAAAAUGGCGUUAUGCCAAUUGGAAGAUGUCGAGACUGCCAUCGACGCGCUAAUCAAUAUGCACAAUUACAAGUUGGCUGAAAAUGCGCACCUUCGCGUGUCAUUUUCAAAGUCUGGUAUCUGA